GGAAGUAGUAGUUUCACAACAAGGGCAGCUUCCUGUACUUUCUUCUCCUGAGCUGUCAAAACUGUAAGCAAACUUGAAGUUUUUUUAUGUCUUUGUUUAAAAAAAUGAAUGUUAAUUAUAGUUGAAUGAGUGGUUUAAGGGCACAGAGGUGCGGCUGUAGGAAGCGGGACAGUUUCCACAUGUGCAGCAGGAGCACCGGUGUUCUCUGUGGUCACUGAGUGGGUGUGAAGGGCAUGCUGGGAUCCACGCUGCUCGGGGCUCUGCGGACCCUGCGCUCACCCACACUGGUCGGUACAGCUCUGCGGGCUUCCUGCGGGGCCUCCCCGGUGUGGAGGACGCCUCCUGUCCGCAGGCUGCAGCUGUGCUCCGCCUUGUGCGCAGGACACAACAAAUGGUCAAAGGUGAAGAACAUCAAGGGACCCAAAGAUGAGGCGAGAGGAAAAAUUUUCAUGAAGUAUGGGAUGUUGAUAAGAAUAGCUGUGAAGGAAGGAGGAUCUAACCCAGACCUGAAUAUAAACUUGGCCAACCUACUGGAACAAUGCAGGAGCAAAAACAUGCCCAAAGCAUCUAUAGAUGCAGCGAUCAAGAGUGCGGAGAAGGCCAAACCAGCGUCUCAGCACAUGUUUGAAGCUCGUGGGCCCGGUGGCUGUCUGCUGCUCAUUGAAGUUCUGACUGACAACAACUCACGGACUCACCAGGACAUCAAACGGCUGCUCAACAAGAACGGAGGGAUGCUGUCCGACGGAGCACGGCAUAAUUUCAACAGAAGGGGUGUGGUGGUGGUGCCCGCUCAGAACGUCUCUGCAGAGAGAGCCUUGGAGAUGGCCAUCGAGGCCGGAGCUGAAGACGUCCUAGAAACUGAGGAUGAGGAGGAGAAGCUUCAGCUGAAGUUUAUCUGCGCUAUGUCAGACCUAAACAAGGUGCGGGGCUCUCUGGAGGGACUGGGAUUACAGAUCACAUCUGCAGGUUUGGAGUUUGUUCCUCGCAAUCACUCUUCUCUGGACCAGGAGCAGAUGGAAGCUGCUUCCACUCUCAUAGAGGCCCUCACUGACUGUCCAGAUGUAGUGAGAGUGUGGGACAACAUCCAGGCCGACAGCUGAGACAUUUGGGGGACACUGCAUUUUUGAAAUACCCCGAGGAUUUGCCAUCUGAUACUUUUAAAUAAGAGUGUAUGCUGAAAGCUGUGUGUGUUCCACAAAGAAGAGACAUUUUCAGGAAGAAGUUUUCAAUGUUUUACCUGGAAAAACAUUAAAAAGAAUUAAACCCUUGGUACCAUUAGGGAGAGAGUUGUUGCUUUUAUUAGUCCAUCCAAGAAGAAUAUUAUUUAGUUAGCGCUACAGGAACAAAUCUGUUACAGCGUUGAUAAAGAGUAAAAGGCUCAAAUGAAAACAUUUCCCUAGGAUGCAGUAAAUAGAUUAUCCCUCAUCAUAAUCUAAAAUCUAUAAAUUGGCUUUUCGUCCCUUAAAUUAGGUUAACUCACAGAACUUUCCCAGAUUUAUUGUCAGCUCUGUCUUCAGUGUAGCUGGGGAGCAAAUGCAAAGGGCUUGCAUCCUCUGAUAUUGAUUUUAAACAUCAUUUGUCAACCAGACAGUUAAACAAUAGGAUAAUCUCAGAACUCCUUAAUAGCAACGUCUUUGCAACGUCCAGCUUGACGAUAGCAGAGACCUGGACACAAGACAAACCACCAUUCAUGCACUCAUACUAACAAACAUGGUAGAGAGACAAAUUAAGCCAACUGAUGUUUACGGACAGUGGGAGGAAAAUUAAGUACCCAUUCGUUCACAGUGAGAGCAAACCUAAAACCUUCCUGCUGUAACUGCACCAUAAUGCAGCUUAAUUCUAAUACAGCUGGACGAUCAAA